ACAUACAGACAUUAGUGUGUGUCAUUUUAUUUCCCUUUUAUUGCCACAUUGUCCCCUGGGUGUCCUAGAGGCUCAGUCGAGUGUAAACAUGAAGGUCUCCGCACCUCACUGUCCCCUGCACAUCUCUGCCUGGAAGAACAUCUCUAUGUACUGCUACUAAAGCUGCAGCACAUCCUGGUGUCACCACCACCAGCCCACUGGGACAGAGCAACAGGUGGAGAGGACCACAUUGACCAACAAGGACGGGACCGCAAGCUGCAGAUUAACCGGAUACCUUGAAACAAACAAAAGACUAAAAAUUUUAUUUCAUAUUGGACACUAUGGCCAAUUCAGGAAUUCAGCUCCUUGGCUAUUUUCUCGCUCUGGGCGGAUGGAUAGGGAUUAUCUCUACCACGGCGUUACCUCAGUGGAAGCAGUCGUCGUAUGCCGGAGAUGCCAUUAUCACAGCGGUGGGGCUGUACGAGGGCCUGUGGAUGUCAUGUGCCUCGCAGAGCACCGGCCAGGUGCAGUGUAAAGUCUUCGACUCCCUGUUGUCACUGGAGGUUCACAUCCAGACGAUCCGGGCACUGAUGGUGGUUUCGAUGCUCCUGGGCUUCAUCGGAAUAAUCAUCAGCGUUGUGGGAAUGAAAUGUACGAAAGUGGGUGACAAUAACCCCAUUGCCAAGGACAGAAUUGCUGUGUCUGGAGGAGCCCUUUUCAUUUUGGCAGGUCUCUGCACAUUAAUUGCCGUUUCCUGGUAUGCCACACAAGUUUCUCAAGAAUUUUUCAACCCAAAUACACCAGUCAAUGCCCGGUACGAGUUUGGAUCGGCGUUAUUCGUGGGCUGGGCCGCUUCCAGCCUCACCAUGCUUGGCGGAUCCUUCCUGUGCUGUUCAUGGCCCAGCGUGGAUUCCAGAGGGCAGCCAUACUACCGACAAUCACAGCCAUCGGCUACUACCAGAGAGUACGUCUAACUCCCUGCCCAUCCCAACCCUCCUAACCAGCAACAUCCCCAGAACCACAAAAAUCCCUAUAAAGAAGAAGGAAGAGACAAGUUAAUGUCAGAAGCCAUCAAGUGAUACGUUACCGGUCACUAAGACUCUGGGAACAAUUCUGGAGUGACCGAUAUCAAGAAAGAGACCUUAUAUUUGAGGAGCAUUGUGAUGGACCUGAUUAGCCUACAGGAUAUAACGAUAAGGAACAGAAGCUUUCAUGGACUGAACAGCCCAGAUGAUGUCCAACUGGCCAGCUACGGACUUCUCAAGGACGGGUGUAUGAACCUGGUACACAGGAAAAUGGUGAUGUUGUUCAUGGCAACCAAUCAGAUGCUUGUUAAAAGCCAA